AUGGCGGAGAGCAAAAAAGCACCACGCGCCGAGGAGGAGGAGUGGACGCCUCUGAAACGACCUCUUUUACUCCUCGGGUCGCUCUCGCUCGCGUCGUCGUUCGUCGCGUAUAAAAAAAAACAUCUCAAUUGGUUCAAAACGAGUUACGCGUGCGCGUGCGUGACGUUCGGACCGGCGAUGGUUUUGUACGCGUUGCCGGAAAGGAGCGAACAGUUGGAAGAGAAACUCUUUUUUUUGUCCUCCUCGUCCAACGACGACAACAACAACAACAACAGAAACAACGACAGAAACAACAACAGAAACAACAACAGAAACAACAACAGAAACGACGACGACUCGUCCAAGCGAAGAGAAGAGAGGGAAAAAGAAACGAAGAGGAAGAAUAAAGAGAUGUUGGAGAGGAUGAAGCGCGUAAAGUUGUGA